GCCAGAGGUGAUGCGCUGAUGCUGAGGAGCAUCAACAGCUGUGGGACAGUAGAACCCUCCCAACUGUAAGCGCUGCCAGCAGGAGAGACCGUGGGACACUGGAGCAGUCUGGCUGCUGCUGAGCGGGUCACCUGCCUGCUGCCUGCAGUCACAGUGAUCCCACCACAAAACAUGAACCGGUCGCGAUGGUUUGAAUGGAGGACUCUGAAUAUGAGCGGUAGCGUGGUGAACCUGUCUGAGCACCUCUCCUGCCCUCUGGGAUUUGGUCACUACAACGCAGUCGACAUCUGUAUCCUCGAGACAGUUGUUAUCGUCCUGCUCACCUUCCUGAUCAUUGCGGGUAACCUGACUGUUAUCUUCGUUUUCCACUGCGCCCCACUUCUGCACCAUUACACCACCAGCUAUUUCAUUCAGACCAUGGCCUACGCCGACCUUUUUGUUGGAGUUAGCUGCUUGGUCCCCACGCUGUCCCUGCUUCACUACUCAACAGGCGUCCACGAGUCCCUGACGUGCCAAGUUUUCGGAUACAUCAUCUCCGUGCUGAAAAGCGUGUCCAUGGCAUGUCUGGCUUGCAUCAGCGUGGAUCGCUAUCUCGCUAUAACAAAGCCUCUCUCCUAUAAUCAACUGGUCACACCUUGUCGCUUGAGAAUCUGCAUCAUUUUGAUUUGGAUAUACUCUUGCCUGAUCUUCUUGCCUUCCUUUUUCGGCUGGGGAAAACCUGGUUACCACGGAGAUAUUUUUGAGUGGUGUGCUACCUCCUGGCUAACUAAUGCCUACUUCACUGGCUUUAUCGUCUGCUUACUGUACGCUCCUGCUGCCUUUGUCAUCUGCUUCACGUACUUCCACAUCUUCAAGAUCUGCCGGCAGCACACCAAAGAGAUCAACGAUCGGAGGGCUCGGUUUCCCAGCCACGAAGUGGACGCUGCUGGGGAGACGGGGCACAGCCCUGACCGCCGCUAUGCCAUGGUGUUGUUUCGGAUCACCAGCGUGUUCUACAUGCUGUGGCUUCCCUAUAUCAUAUACUUCCUGCUGGAGAGCUCUAGGGUGUUGGAGAACCCCGCGCUUUCCUUCUUAACAACGUGGCUUGCUAUAAGCAAUAGUUUCUGCAACUGUGUGAUCUAUAGCCUCUCCAACAGUGUUUUUAGGCUGGGAUUACGGAGACUGUCAGAGACCAUGUGUUCAUCUUGCACGUGUUUAAAGGACAGGGAUGUACAGGACCCUAAACCAAGGAAACGGGCUAAUUCCUGCUCCAUUUAAAGAACACCGGCGCGUGCCAUCAGAUGUGGAGCUUUGAUAGCGUUUGCUGUAUCUGGGAACUUACCAGAGGAGAAAUGUUUACUUGAAUAGUUUGCUAUGCUGUUAGAGAUGAGUUGAAAAGUGCUUUUGGGAAAGAAAAGGCUGCGGUAAGAGGGGUCGCUGGACUCUGACUGUAGCUCUGAAAUUGUGAGCAGAGCCAUUCAGCAGAAACAACAGAGAAAGUCAGAACUUAAAUCUUCCAAAGGGCAUGAUGCAGCUCCUGCAUGGCAGGAGAGUCCUCACAAAAUAAACGAGUUAGUUACUACCUUCUCUUUUCUCCCUCGUAGAAAAGUUGUCUUACUAUCUUUGUGUCAGAAUAUACUGUAGCCUUCUGAAUUUAAGUAUAUUUACGAGGAAGCAAUCAACUACACAGUAAGUGGCUAUCCGUAAAUUAUAUUCCUGAGGACUUGCAGUAGAUGUUGCAGAUCAAUAACCAGCUCUGUCUCUGCUCACACCUGGUACCACUUUCAGUUACACAGACAAUCUGCAGUGCAAACAACCUACGCAGGGCGUGAUGCUUUUGGAUAAAAGGGCACAUUCUGCUACAACCAAACCUCCCCCUCUCAUUUCCUUUUAUUUCCACCCCCUCGGCCCCUUCCAUCCCGUGCAUCUUUAGAUCCCAUCGUGUUGCAGGGGUUUCGUUUGAGGGCACCUACGAGGUAAGCUGAGUAACUGCAGCUGCCCGCCUGUAAGGACUUCUUCUGUCUUUCAUUCUCUCGAUCCUGCUAAAUUAGCACACAGUGUUGAUGUGAUGUCCUUUAGGGUGUACUAAAGCUUUUCCCUUAUUGUCUACACAAAUAAUCCUAACGCAGAUAUGGUAUUUGCACACAGCAGUGCGCAUCACUGCUUAGAAAAUUAAAAAUAAGUCACGAAACCUUUUCUUUUGGAAGUCUAGCUUACUGUUGUGGCUGCCAAUCCUUUGUGUGAACCUAGCUUGCACAUCCUGUAUUCUUUUCAGAUUACUUUUUUUUUUUUUUAAGAGAAAAUGUAAGCUGUGGUCUGUGCCUAAUGUUUUCCUAGCACAUGGGAUAGGUCAUUGCUACAGAAUUAAAACACUGCACUCAUUUUAAGAGAAAUCCUUCUGUGCAGUUGUUGAAUAGAUGUUUGUCAGACAAGCUCUUGGAGAAGGUGAACAAGGCAGUUUGGUAUGAAAUACAGGCAAUGAGCUUCAGUAUUUCCUUUUGUAGUGAACUGACUUUCAGGUCCACUGAAUAAAUCUUUUUUAUUUCGCAAGGGCAAACAUUGGGUUUGUGAAAUAAAUUGCCAGGGGUUCAGAUGCAUGCCAGUCGAUGAAACAAAUUAUUAUUUUGAACCAAAUGUAAUUUUCUUAGAUGGUUAUUGGCUUUUAAAAAAGGCCCAAUUAUUGAUUAUUGGUGCCUUUUAACACUGCACUAUGAUUCCUCCUUUCACCAAAACGCAUAUGUAAUAUCGUGCCUAUUACUUUUUGUAAUGGAAGCUAACCACGUUUGCACACUUGUGGUUUGACUCUAGAUCUCCCGUACUGAUGUACUCUCUGUUUUGUGGAGGUGGUUCUGAACCCCUGUACGUUUCUAAACCUGUAAGAAAGAUGAAACUAUGGAAUAAAGUAGUAUUAUGUAUAUCAAA